CCUCUUCCUCCUCACCACAUCACCAGCUGCCACCCUACCAAGGUCUCAUUAUCUUUUACUCCAUCCCCACACACACCACCUUUUAUAUAACACACUCCCUCUUAACUCCUCCCAUCCCACCACCCCCAUCCAUUUCUUCCUCGUCCUGCCCGGCGGCUGCUGGCCUCACUCCUCCGCUCCGGCUCUGCUCAGGGAAUUGAUUCAGUGAAGUGAAGGCAAUCAGAUUCUAUGAUGGGGUUCAAAGCCGGAAUUUUUACUGUGACCAUGCUAGUCAUUGUGCUCUCCUCACCAGCAAUUGCUCAGAAGGCCAAGAGUCCUCCUGCUCCAGCAUCCCCAAUCCUUCCACCUUCCCCGGCACCGGCACCGGCGCCACACCAUGUCGACCUCGCAGACCUCCUCAGUGUGGCCGGUCCAUUCCACACCUUCUUGGACUACCUGCAAAAGACCAAUGUCAUCGAAACCUUUCAAAACCAGGCAAACAACACCAAAGAGGGCAUCACUGUCUUUGUUCCCAAGGAUUCUGCAUUCGCCGCACUCAAGAAGACUACAUUCGCCAACCUCACCCAGGACCAGCUCAAGUCCCUGAUCCUAUACCACGCAUUCCCCAAGUACUACUCCUUGGCUGAGUUCAACAAGCUGAGCACCCUCAAUCCGGUGACCACCUUCGCUGGCUCACAGUACACGCUGAACAUUACUUAUGACAUGGGCACCGUCCAAGUGGAGUCGAUGUGGUCCAACCCAAAGAUCAGCAGCAGUGUGUACUCAACCCGCCCGGUUGCAGUGUAUGAGGUCAACAAGGUUCUCCUGCCAAUGCAAAUCUUCAAGAGCGACCCCCCGCUUGCUCCAGCCCCUGCUCCUGCACCAGAUGCCAAGGCCUCUGAUGUCGCUCCCAGCCCAACCUCAGGGAAAGCCGCGAGUGCAAAGGCGAAGGCGGAGGAGAAGAAUUCAUCGUACCAAGUCAGUGUCAGCAUCGUCAAUUACUUGGUCCUUGCUGUCUCAGGUGGCUUGAUGCUCUUGUGGUGAGAAUCAGAAGUUCCUGACCAUGUUGAAGCACAGGGUUCGGCUUAGCUUCCCCGUGUUAAUUUUAUAUGGAUUUUCUGGAUUCAUUCUUUUGGACAUAUAGUAGGCAUUGUGUUAGGAUCGAGUUGUUGAGUGUUUGCAUCAUAUGCUUCUAUGAUUAAUCCCCGUUGAUACUCGGCUUGAUGCGUGUAUGCAGAAAAUAUUUCAGACAUGCCAGUGAUAAUUCUAAUACCUAGAGCUAGUGAGUGGUACA